CUGGCGUUCAUCUCGUAGUUGUGCGCAAAGUCUCUCAGGGAAGUGAUAUACAACGACAGAGAUGAAUGCUUGUUCUCAUGCUCAGCAGGUUGAAUAUUUCCAAUUUGAACUCGCUCUCUCCGAUCAAAGGCGCAUUCUUGAGGAUAUCAAAACUGUCCGGGCCAACACUGGAACUAGCGUCAUCUUCGACCACCUCAGGCUCUACGCCUUCCAGAAAUUCCCGGAGCUGGUUGACGUACUGUAAGUCUCGGCAAUAAACAAGGGACUGGGCGCACCUUGUGAACGUCUCGGACAACCCAUUCGAAACCCUGAGCACUGCGUCAAAGACGCGCGACAAACACUCGACCAAACUACAAACCAAGAAAGUCCACUGUCGAGUAGAUUCAUCCUGUACUGUCCCAAAUCCUACCGCAGAACCGAUGUCACGUUGCUGACUCUGCC